UCAUUGAUGAUUGUUUACGCGUCUCAAUUGCCAAGCUUUCGCUGUUACCCCUUUGACUGAAUAAUGUCUAAUUUGCAUGCGCUGUGACAACCAUUGUGGUCUGUGACCUUGGUGGCUAGUCGGCACAUGCACAGGUCAAUGCUUGUGGACGGACGAUAUGGGCAGUAUAAAUGUGCAGAACAUCGUCAGGCUCCUCACUGCUCACCCGUCUGUAAUUCAAUGCCUAAAUAUACCGUACUCCCGCACAUGAGCCUGCACUUUGGCCUCUAUGAGGACGAACGCGUCGAGGAUAACACCGACCCGGAAGACGAGCACACACUCACUGCUUACGGCGAUCUCUCCCUCAGCCCAGAAGAAAAGCUUGGCUUUCCUCCAAACGAACUUCGUCGCCGUAAUCAAUUGCGUUUGAAGGCGAGACGUAAGAGUCCUCAGUACAGUCCACCGAUUCCGGACGAGAAAUUCUGGGACCCAUUGACGUUUUCACAAAUUUCGACUCCUUUAACGCCUGCCGAGUUUUUCAAUAGAUUUAGACAUUCUGUACGACGUGCUUUUCAGCUUGCACAAGCAGAAGCUGCCGAGGCCGAAGCCCGAUCUUGUGCAGCUGACCCAGGAGAGUCGACCUUUAGUGACUCGAAUGCUUCAUAUGAUUCCGAACCAGGGCAGUCGGUGACAGAAACUGCCUCUGAGACCUGGAAUUCCGAAAUGGGAUAUCGGUAAUUGAACGUAGUUGUAUUAAGCAUGUAUGUGUUACAGAAAAUUCAAUACAAGGGUGUAUUAUGCGUGUACUAAAGAGGUCUCGCAGAUGCGGUGAGGAGAAAGGGAAAAUUGGAAAGUUGGAAAGACUUAUUGAUGCGCAUGCGU